CAUUUUUUUUUUUCUUAAUUUUUCUCUUUUUGUUCUGAAAGCAAAGAUCUUAUUCAUUCUCUCCCCUGUACCUUCUCCACAUCCACGGGGCCACUAACCCAGAAUCCCGUGUAUGAUUCCCCAGUCCCCGCCCAUACUCUCUCAGUCGCCGUCAAAAUCCCAUUCCAAUAAGGCGGCAAGAAUCAACUCUCUCUUUCUCUCUCUCCAAAGAUCUUUAAUGGCGGCUCUGUUUCGUAUCCGCCCUUUUCUUCUUUCCAGGUUGUAGACUAUCCUGAAAAAGAGGCGGUUGUUUGGGAAUGGAAGAGCCCGGGCAGCUGAAACGGGCGCUGAUAGACGCUACGGCGGGGGCCAUAGCCGGUGGUAUAUCACGGACGGUCACAUCGCCGCUUGACGUGAUUAAGAUCAGAUUCCAGGUUCAACUCGAGCCCACAUCUUCUUGGGCUUUGCUUCGGAACAAUGUGUCUGGAACGUCAAAAUACACUGGAAUGUUUCAAGCAACAAAGGAUAUAUUCAGGGAGGAAGGCUUACCGGGUUUUUGGCGUGGAAAUGUCCCAGCGUUACUUAUGGUUAUGCCAUAUACUGCCAUACAAUUUACUGUGUUACACAAGUUUAAAACAUUUGCUUCUGGUUCCUCCAAGACAGAGGAUCACAUUCAUUUGAGUCCCUAUCUGUCCUAUGUCAGUGGGGCAUUAGCAGGGUGUGCAGCUACUGUUGGAUCAUAUCCCUUCGAUCUUAUACGAACCAUAUUAGCUUCACAAGGUGAACCAAAGGUGUAUCCUACCAUGAGGUCUGCGGUUGUUGAUAUAAUUAGAACUCGUGGCUUCCGAGGGUUAUAUGCUGGAUUGUCGCCAACCCUGGUUGAGAUUGUUCCUUACGCUGGCCUACAAUUUGGUACCUAUGAUACAUUUAAGCGCUGGGCUAUGGCCUGGAACAGGUCUAGAUCUUCUAAGUCAAGCUCAGCUGAUACUGAAGAUGGAAUUUCAAGCUUUCAACUUUUCAUCUGUGGGUUGGCGGCUGGGACAUGUGCCAAGCUUGUCUGUCAUCCACUUGAUGUGGUCAAGAAAAGAUUCCAGAUCGAAGGACUACAAAGGCACCCUAGGUAUGGUGCUCGAGUUGAGCAUCGUGCUUAUAAAAAUAUGUUUCAUGCUGUACGCCAAAUCUUGCAGAUGGAGGGUUGGGCUGGUCUUUAUAAGGGCAUAGUGCCAUCAACAGUCAAAGCUGCACCAGCUGGUGCUGUAACAUUUGUAGCUUAUGAAUACACAUCAGACUGGUUAGAGUCCAUUUUGACUUGAAACUAACCUGAUUUUUUUUCCCCUUUUCAUCCAUUUUUUUUUUUGUUUUUUUAUCUAAUUCUUUUCCCAUGGAGAUAUUUUAAAGUUGUCAUAGAAGUUGAGGAUUGGGGAAUUAUAGGCCAUAAAAUUAUAGUUGUCGAGAUGGCAAAGAGGUACAGGCACACCAGGCUAGAACAAACCUAGCCUUUCAUGGCUGUAUUUGAGAUUGUGAUUGGUAAAUUUUUCUCAUGUGGCUGUGGGUCACCAAUGUCUUCACUAAGAAAUAUACCUAGUUUUUUUUUUUUUUGUUUUUGGGUAUCAAAUGAAUUGAACUUUGCUUGAAAAAAAAGAAAAAGAAUUGAACUUUGUCAUCUUCAUAGACCGGUUCAAUAUAGAGCGUGUCAUUUUGUCGGCUGAUGCAAUUGGUGAUUUGACUUGUGUACUCAACAGAAAUCUAAAUUCUCUUCUGAUUUGAGGGCCAUAUGUAUGAUAUGUAUUCAUAUUGUUACU